AGAAGACGAGCAAACACCGAGCAACUGGCCUGAUGUUGUUCGGAUAAUGUAGCCGAUCACAAUGUACCGAUAGAAGAACGUCCCCGGAGAUUUUUCCGAACCAGAGGCGGAGCGUUGACGAUGGCCGGCGAGGAGGAAAGGGGGGUGGUCCGAGUCAAAGUGAAGAAAUGUGAUGGGCAGCUUCCUGUGGAGUUUCGCUCCUUUGCCGUGGAUCCUCAGAUUACUUCCCUGGAGGUGCUGCAACACAUCCUCAUUCGAGCGUUCGACUUGAACGGGAAGAGGAACUUUGGGAUCAGUUACCUGUCGCGAGAUCGAACUGGAGCUGAAAUGUAUCUGUCCCUGCUGUCAGACUGGGACUUGGACGCUGCUUUUGUUAGCGCUGCCAAGCCUUAUCUGCAGCUGAAGAUGGACAUCAAGCCUUCAGAGGACAGUCCAGUGAUGGAGGACUGGGAUAUCAUCAGCCCCAAAGACGUGAUCAGUUCUGAGCAGCUGGCUGAGAGAACCAGGACUUUAGCCUCUGCGGCUCUUCCCUUCACCCAGUCUUUACUUACACAGGUGGGUCGGACAUUGUCGCGAGUGCAGCAGGCCUUCAGCUGGUCAUAUGGCGAGGAGAUAAAGCCUUUUAAACCUCCUCUCAGUGACGCCGAGUUUCACAGUUACCUUAACGGGCAGGGCCAGUUGACCCGACCGGAGGAGCUUAGACUGCGCAUCUAUCAUGGAGGUGUGGAGCCCUCAUUGCGCAAGGUGGUGUGGCGAUACCUCCUGAACGUCUACCCAGAUGGACUUACUGGACAAGAAAGAAUGGACUACAUGAAGAGAAAAACAAGGGAGUAUGACCAGCUGAAGAGAGAGUGGACAGCCCGGGUGAGCCGGGAGGAACUGGACUUUAUUCGGGGGAACGUCCUCAAGGACGUCCUGAGAACAGACCGCGCUCACCCCUAUUACGCCGGCUCCGAAGACAGUCCGCAUCUGACGGCGCUCACAGACCUGCUCACCACCUUCGCCAUCACACAUCCACAGAUUUCCUACUGUCAAGGAAUGAGUGACAUCGCGUCCCCUAUUCUCGCCGUCAUGGACAAUGAAGCACACGCCUUCAUCUGCUUCUGUGGCAUCAUGAAACGUCUCGAGGGGAACUUCCGUCCAGAUGGACAGCUGAUGUCCAUCAAGUUCCAGCACCUGAAGCUACUGCUGCAGUACUCGGACGCAGAGUUCUACUCCUACCUGGUCUCCCGAGGCGCCGACGACCUCUUCUUCUGUUACCGCUGGCUACUUCUGGAGCUCAAGCGAGAGUUUGCCUUCGACGAUGCCCUGAGGAUGCUGGAGGUGACGUGGAGCUCCCUGCCUCCUGACCCUCCGGAAACAGAAGUGGAACUUUUGGGACCUUCACUCGAGUCAGAGGGGACUACAGGACAGCCCUCUGACAUGGACGUCACAGCUGAAGGUUGUCCUAGCAACGAUCAGAAACAAAAGGAGAAGCAGCGCAGACGACACAUGUUGAGACCUUCAAGAGAAGAGCGUGAGUUCAGCCAGAACGGAGUCCCCAUGGAAACAGAAGCCGCUGGAAAGCAGAGCGAGUGUGAUUGUAACCUGUCUCCAUCGACGAAGGUGCAAGCUGAGAUCCUGGCUCCGCCUCCAGAGAGAAAAACUAGUUUUGGAGAGUUUAAGUACUACACUGCCCGGAACAACGAUAGCUUUGAUAUGGAGGACGCUGAGCAGGCAGGAGGAGCGGGGACCUUCAGAUCAGCAGUCAUUGUCCCAGCACGACAAUCCACCAUGGAGAGUGAGGAGGACGCAGGGGAGAGCGCGCCUCUCAUUAAGAACUCUCCCUGCUCUCCAGCGUCUCCACGCCUGUUUCCAGCUGGGCUCCCUAUCUGGAAGAAUGGCUCUUCCGUCUCGCCUACCUCUUCACCCUCCAGCUGGCGAGGUGCUUCUCCUGAUUCACCGCCCAACUCUCCUCCCUCACGCACAACCAAUGGAAGUGGGGCCUUAUCAAGAACACUCCCAAAGAUGAUGUCCUCCUCCGCCCAAGUGCUCAACAGUAAUGGCGUCACCUCACCAACGUCUACUGUGAAGCCCACGAGCACGUCGCCCACCCAAAGUCGCUCCCUUCUCUCCUCUCCCAUUCUGUCUUUCGGGCGAGGCUCCUCCCUGCCAGGGCUGAGGUCUUCCACCAGUCUCUCCUCUCCCUCGAACAAAUCUCCCGGCACAGCAGUGAACACUCCCAGCUCCGCCAAAGCCGACCUCAAACCAUGCUCCCUUCCUCCGCCGCAGGAGUUUGGGAAAGGCAACCCGUUCAUGCUGUUUCUGUGCCUGUCCAUCCUGCUGGAGCACCGGGAUCACAUCAUCAAGAACAGCUUCGACUACAACGAGCUGGCCAUGCAUUUUGACCGUCUGGUGCGGCGCCACAAUCUAAGCAGGAUCCUGCAGCGGGCCAAGGCCUUAUUUGCUGACUACCUGCAGAGCGAAGUGUGGGACUCAGAAGAAGGAGAUGAAGUCAGCUCUGACUCUCCGAUGUCCACCACUGCUGUCCCACAGUCUCCUUCCUCCAGUAUCUCAGCACGGCCCAUUUACAGCCCCCUGGCAUCGCCUCAGUCGUCCCCCAACUCCACCUACAAUCUCACAACAACCAUCCCAUCGCCCACAGCUUCUGUCCUGCCCACUUCCUGAUUCCGAACAUGGUCCCUCAGUGAAUCUAGGACACUUGAUUCCGUCUUUUGGAGCCCACCUGAUUUUCCCAAAGGCCUCAUAUAUUGAAAUGAUUAACAUUAUGUAAAUGCUUGAAGACAUUUAUGCCAGUAAUCACCUUCAUUUAUGACUAAGUUUUCUGUACUUGAAGAACAAUCCUGAGAGCAUGACAUGGGAACUCUCUUUUACAACUGGAAGCCGUGAAAGUUCAGCCGUCGGUGCAUUUGCUUCACCCCUUAAUGAUUGUAUUUACCACACACUAUUACUCAGUAGUCAAUGCUUUCUGUUGCUCAUGAGAACUUCACUGUCGGGGUGUUGCUGGUCUACCUUUAUCACUCAGCCACUUGGUGAACAAAUACUCUACACAAAGUAUUUCCUCUUGAAUGAACUCACUCACACCAGCAUUUAAAGUUUGUAGACCAAAACAAAGGAAAAAAAGACGUUUUCUCAUUGCUGUUUCUCCACUAUUGGACUUAAACUGAAUAAUAUUCACUGGCAUUGGAGGUCGGCCAUGUUUGAUACUUGGACAGAAGGGAAGCUUAACCCUUGUCUCGGUGACACACAACCCCUCCCAUUUGUUCCUCAUAUCCAGAUACUGAGCUUCUUUUUUUUUUAUCCUUUGGAACGCUUCAUGCAGUGACUCACGGAUCCCUGUCACCGUUUAUGUUGGAAGAAGGAGCAGCUUUACCAACGUGGUCAGAAUCUUGAUGAUGAAGUGCAAUAGACGCCGGUGUUGUUUUGCUGCUAGUUGCAUCAUUUUAUUUGUUUUACUGACCCUGGAGGAAAGUGAGGCCACACACAAGAGGUUUCAUUUCCGCUCAAGCACAACUUUAUUUUGUUUUUGAAGGAUAUCCAACCAGUGACCUUACCGUUUCUUUUUUUGUAAGCGUCAUGUCAAAGCCUGGAGGUGAUGCCAAGAGACUGUUGUAGUCCCUUAAACACACGCAUGUGCUGUACAUGAGCCAAAAAUAUCAAGGUGUCUUUUGUUCAUGUGACCAUGAGCUUUCUUUUUUUUGCUGUUUUGCACCCAGUAACACUAACUUUCUACAGGUUUCAUGUUGCUUAAGUGGCCUAUUGCGUCUGUGUACUUAAUUUAACCAGUUCCUCAACUUACUGAUUAAAGAAGGGGAAGAUUUUGUUCAACCUGUGUCUGUUUUACAUGACAAGAUUCAUUUCCAUACCACUGUACCACAUUACAUUUAAUA